CAAUCGGCCAUUUCGUCGGUUUAGGCCAUCAGCCGUAGAGGGCAGUGGGGAUUUAUCCAGCUUACUGGUUACCUGAAAGGCACAUCAAGAACAUCGCAACAUGAAUGAGACAGCUAUUUCCUUCGCCAAGGAUUUCUUGGCCGGUGGCAUCUCCGCUGCCAUCUCCAAAACAGCCGUCGCCCCAAUCGAGAGAGUGAAGCUUCUCCUUCAGGUCCAGCAUGCCAGUAAGCAGAUCACCGCAGAUAUGCAGUACAAGGGUAUCGUGGACUGCGUUGUCCGUAUCCCCAAGGAGCAGGGGUUCCUGUCCUUCUGGAGAGGUAACCUUGCCAAUGUCAUCAGAUAUUUCCCCACCCAGGCCCUCAACUUCGCCUUCAAGGACAAGUACAAGAAGAUCUUCCUUGACGGCGUCGACAAGCGCACCCAGUUCUGGAGGUAUUUCGCUGGUAACCUGGCAUCCGGUGGCGCCGCUGGAGCCACCUCUCUGUGCUUUGUGUACCCCCUCGACUUCGCCCGUACCCGUCUGGCCGCUGACGUGGGAAAGGCUGGAGCCGAAAGAGAGUUCACCGGUCUUGGAAACUGCCUGGUUAAGAUCUUUAAGUCCGAUGGCCUGAAGGGUCUGUACCAGGGCUUCAAUGUGUCUGUGCAGGGCAUCAUCAUCUACAGGGCUGCAUACUUCGGCAUCUAUGACACAGCUAAGGGUAUGCUUCCAGACCCCAAGAACACCCAUAUUUUGGUGAGCUGGAUGAUUGCACAGUCUGUGACAGCUGUUGCUGGCCUGACCUCAUACCCCUUCGACACUGUCCGUAGACGUAUGAUGAUGCAGUCUGGGCGUAAAGGAGCCGACAUCAUGUACAGCGGGACCAUUGACUGCUGGCGCAAGAUCGCACGCGACGAGGGUGGCAAGGCUUUCUUCAAGGGAGCCUGGUCCAAUGUGCUCAGAGGCAUGGGCGGCGCCUUCGUGCUGGUGUUGUACGAUGAGCUGAAGAAAGUUAUCUAAUUCGUCAUAUUGUCACAUCACUGUCCAAUUUGGCUAAAUGUAAUAACUCUCCAUUUCUAUGGACUCUGCAUUCUGCCUUAUUUAUGGGAACAAACUAUAGUGUCUCACCCCCUAGCUGUGGGCGAUUGCUGUACGUUGUGCAUCUUUGAUUUUAAACGUUCCACAUCCUCUUUACCAAUGUCAUUCCUGUUAAAGAAAUCUGAUACCUCCUCCUGUCAUUCACUAGGUUUGUAUGGUCCCGACUUGAAUAAAUUUAUUCUGGGGAACAAAGUAAAAA